AUGAAGACCUCUGCCAUCCUCCCCAUCCUCGCGGCCGGGCUCGCCACCGCCAACCCGAUCGACCUGGAAGAGCGCCAGAGCUGUCCGGGCGUCUACGUCUUUGGGGCGCGCGAGACCACGGCGGCCGCGGGCUACGGAACCUCCAAGGGCCUGGUGGACCAGGUCCUGGCGGCGUACUCGGGCUCGCAGUCCGAGGCCAUUGUGUACCCGGCGUGCGGCGGGCAGUCGAGCUGCGGCGGCGUGAGCUACGACUCGUCGGCGACGCAGGGCACGGCCGCCGUCGUCUCGGCCGUCACCAGCCUCAACUCGCGCUGCCCCAGCACCAAGAUCGUCCUCAUUGGCUACUCCCAGGGCGGCCAGAUCAUGGACAACGCCCUCUGCGGCGGCGCCGGCUCCACCCUUUCCGGCAAUGCCCUCGCCGCCGUCAAGGCCGCCAUCUUCAUGGGCGACCCGCACUAUGUCUACGGUCUGUCGUACGAUGUCGGAACCUGCAGAGCUGGUGGUUUUGCUGCACGCCCGAGCGGCUACACUUGCUCACCGGGCAGCCCGUCCAUCAUUCAGUCCUACUGUGACUCUCAAGACCCGUACUGCUGCAACGGAAGCGACGCCAACCACCACCAGCAGUACGUGACCAUUUACGGCUCGCAGGCUCUCUCCUUCAUCAAGAGCAAGCUUGGUUAA